AUGUCAUCCUCUACUAAAAAAGAAUUUAAUAACAAUAAAUUUAACUUACCCAAUGAAAUUAAAAAAGAUUAUGGCUCUGCUGCAGCUUAUGUCCAAGAGGUCCAUAAAUGGUCCCAAUCUGUUCGUUGGUGUAUGGCUCAACAGCAAAUGAUGGCCUCGUUUUGGACAAAUACUUUUUUGCAGCAACAACAGACUGCGAUGUUGAUGCAACAACAACAAUCGCCUUCCCCAUUUCUACAAAGAGGUCAAACAAUUCGACUAAAUCUUACAAGAAUUUUUCGAACAGCUAGGGCAACGCCUAACAUUCCCCAAACAAUAAUUGUACAGCAAUUCGAAAUUCCCUCAUUUUUUCGACGUAUAGCUGCGGAGGCUAUUGAUUCUGUUAUUAUGUUUAUUUUCAAAUUUUUUCUUGUUUAUACUCUUGUGAGGGCUGAUCUUAUGUAA